UGCCAUCUUGCACCUCGCUCGUUUGAGAAGCCGGCCGCCCUAAAAAAUUUGGAGUUUCACGCGUUCGCGCGGCCUUAGCAACUUCGUGAGUGAUUUUUGUAUACUCGCAACGAAUCCAGGAAUCCAUCGUGUUGAAUCCGAUCAAUAUUCAAGCUCGGAAUGGUUUAGGUUCGUUACUGUUCUCACAUGUACGUAGCUGGAUAAGCAAGGAAGUUAAAGUCGCUAAUAGCUCUAGGUUUGGAAUAGACAGUCGAGAUAGUAUAUCAUUCAACAAGACACUUAUCAAUAAUAAUACUUCUUUGAGAAUGGCUUUACCGAGUAGAGCACGUGUCUAUGCUGAUGUAAAUUCACAUAAACCAAGAGAAUAUUGGGAUUAUGAAUCUUAUGUUGUCGAUUGGGGGCAACAAGAUGAUUAUCAGUUAGUGAGAAAAUUAGGCAGGGGUAAAUAUAGCGAAGUAUUUGAGGCUAUAAAUGUUACAAACAAUGAAAAUUGUGUUGUAAAAAUAUUGAAGCCUGUUAAAAAGAAGAAAAUAAAAAGAGAAAUAAAAAUUUUAGAAAAUCUUAAAGGUGGGACCAACAUAAUUACACUCCAAGCAGUUGUUAAAGAUCCAGUUUCAAGGACACCGGCAUUGAUUUUCGAACAUGUCAACAACACAGAUUUCAAGCAAUUAUAUCAGACGUUAACUGACUACGACAUAAGAUACUACCUCUAUGAAUUAUUAAAAGCGCUAGACUAUUGUCACAGUAUGGGAAUUAUGCACAGAGAUGUGAAACCGCACAAUGUUAUGAUAGACCAUGAAAAUCGAAAAUUACGAUUAAUUGACUGGGGACUAGCAGAGUUUUAUCAUCCUGGUCAAGAAUAUAAUGUACGAGUAGCUUCCCGCUAUUUUAAAGGCCCGGAAUUACUUGUAGAUUAUCAAAUGUAUGAUUAUUCGUUAGAUAUGUGGUCAUUGGGUUGCAUGCUCGCUAGCAUGAUAUUCAGGAAAGAACCGUUUUUUCAUGGACACGAUAAUUAUGAUCAACUAGUUCGAAUUGCAAAAGUUCUUGGAACUGAAGAACUAUUCGAAUAUCUUGACAAGUAUCAUAUUGAAUUAGAUCCUCGUUUUAACGAUAUAUUAGGCAGACAUUCGCGUAAACGUUGGGAACGUUUUGUACAUUCAGAGAAUCAACAUUUAGUGUCCCCAGAUAGUUUGGAUUUUCUUGACAAACUCUUACGCUAUGAUCAUUAUGAAAGAUUAACUGCACGUGAAGCAAUGGAACAUCCUUAUUUUUAUCCUAUAGUAAAAGAACAGGGUCGUUUGACAAUGGUGUCAUCAUCACCUACUCCCAUGGCAGGCUCAGUGCCUGUAGGUGAGUAGCGGCCCAGAUCAUCGUGGUGUAACAAUGAGCAGCGUAUCGGUUCAUGGAACAAACGGAUUGGAAAGCGUAGAAGAAAUUGGAAGUGGGUGUUUGACCCUCUCAGAAGAACUGCCUCAACUCUUAUGAAUUCAGCAAUUGUCAACUGAAUCCCAAUCUACUACAGAAUAUAACAAUACAACAGCAAAUAUUUCAUAUUGCCAAGUAUAUUCUUCUCUGCACGAAAAUCAUUCUGGUUUGUAAUAACGGUUUCAUUAAUCCUAUCAUUUAAAACUGAAGCAUUUUAUUUUAUUUUCUUUAAAAACAUAGAACUAUUCAAAAUUUGCGAUGUACUUAGAGAAUUGUGAGGGAGAUUAGGAUUCUGGCAUAAAAUUUGUCGCAUAAACAUGCUGUGUCCAUAUUGGCCGAUGUACAUGCGAUAUCGAAGGUAGCAUUACUUCUGUUUUACAAUUUGCGAUGCGCUUUCCUAUUUUUUCCGAUGUUACUGUUAUUAUGUUUUUGGCAAAUCUAUAGAUACAUAAAGAUGCAGCUAGAUCCAUUUUUAUUUGAAAGAUGAUUACUCGUGUUUACAUAAUACGCGCAGUGACAAAGAAUUUAAACCACUCUUAUUUACAUUCACAUACAUGUACACUCAUACGCAACGACGGAACACACACACACACACACACACACACACACACACACACACACAUACAAUCACACUUGUAUACAUACUUUAAACCAUUCGAUUUAAUACUUUUAACAAUAAUAAAAAUGUUCGUUUAUAUCUGAUGCAACAAUAGUUGAAUAAAAUGUUUGUUAUAGCCAAGUACACUCUUUGCGCUCUGUAAAUACCUGCUCUGUGCAUCCAAUAAUAUCGCCGCUAUUUUCCAAUAAAAAUACAAAAU